AUGGAUAAGUGGAUACCGAACGAACUAACCGAGCGAAAUAAGCUGGAUCACUUGAACGUAUGCUUAUCCUUGCUAACCCGAUUUAAUCGAGAUCCAUUUUUCGAUCGGAUCAUUACUUGUGAUGAAAAAUGGGUUCUUUACGACAAUAGGAAAAGGUGUGCUCGGUGGCAUGAUAGGGAUGAGGCUUGUGCUCAUAUUCCACAGCUAUCACUUCAUCCACGGAAAAUUUUAAUCACAGUUUGGUGGAAUGUGACUGGAAUAAUACACUACUCAUUCCUUCAAACAGAAAUGACAAUUACAGCCGAAAAGUAUUGCCAGUACAUUGAAGAAAUGCAUGAAAAAUUGAAAAUUAUACGCCCAUCACUUGUUAAUCGGCAUGGCCCAAUACUUCUCCACGACAACGCUCGGUCGCAAACAUCGUACAAAACUAUUGCAAAAUUAAAUGAAUUAAAAUAUGAAAUUUUGCAGCACCCACCUUAUUCACCAGAUCUUUCGCCAAUCGACUUUCAUUUAUUUAAACAUUUAGAACUGUUUUUGCGUGCUAAACAGUACGAAAAUGAAGACAGUGUGAAAAAUGCCAUAUCAGAGUUCAUUGAUUCUAAAGAUCAGAAUUUCUUCAAGAAAGGCAUCUAUGCAUUAAAAUCUCGUUGGGAAAAGUGUAUUUAA